UCUUGGACUAGGUUAGAUUUUUGGAGCGAUCGAAAUGUAGCAGCCGAGGUAUGGAUCGCAGAUUCUCGGAGUACACCGGCCAUGGCGCUGCUGCGAGCGUGUCCAGCAGCGAUCCUUCUUCCACCGCGGUGCCGCUCCAGUUGUUCGUGCGCCAGGAGAUCCCUGGCGCCUCAAAUCCGGGGCCCUACAUUGCGGAUUGCUUGCCAGAUUUCGCCGGCUAUAGCUGGAUCGCGUAUGGCGCGGGCAGCCAGCUUGUAAUAUCGAUCGUCGCGUCGCCAGACAAGAAGGAGGAGUUUGGGAUCGCGCGCUUGUUUCAUCAGGCUCUAGAGACGAGGCUGGUCGAGGUAUCGGACGAGGAUUCUCGUGUGAGUAUCGUCAGCUGGGGGAAUUCUCAAUCCGGGAGCGUUGGGGCUGCCGCUGGAAAGGCGAUCUACAUCUUUGCUCCCAGAUUUCUUGGAAGACCUGAGACACAAAAUACUCCAGCUCUUCCGCUAGAAUGGGAGCCCAGGAGCAUGCUCGUCCAUACUUUUCCUGUGACACAUUUUUCAUGGAGCGGAUCUGGCGAUGGUAUACUUUCGUCGGCUGGAUCAAAGAUCUCGAUGUGGAAGCAGGACGAUGAUGGGUCUGGUAACUGGGUUCCUGUUUGGGAGUCUUUGGUGGAGUGGCCUCAAGCGCUUGUGGCUGCUUCGUGGUCGUAUAGGGGUCUCGCAGCGUCCACUGAUAUGGAUAACUUAGCAGGAAAGGAUCUUAGAGGAAAGGCUACAGUGUGGUGGUGGCAAGAAGGCUCAGAGGCACAGCCAGUGGAGCUUUCUCAUCCAAGGCAAGUUCUUGCUAUACAGUGGAGGCCCGUGUCAAGGCAAAAUGGAAAGGUGGUGGAGGAAAGUGACCAUCACAGGCUGAUACUACUUACGUCUUGCCGAGAUGGAGUUGUCCGGCUGUGGCUGGAGAUUGACAGUGGGAAAGCUAGAGCCGACAACGCCAUGAUCAAGCCAGCGUUUUUCGUCAGUGCCUUGAUCGAAGUGAACACGAGCUUGCAGGCAACACUGGGACUGGACUGCUUUGUGACUUGGGGGUUGGAAAAAUCGCAGGGAAGUAAUUUCGCCACGGGGAAUUCGACAGAGGUUGCGGCUUGUGAGUGGAUCGUGGGGACGGGGCCUCGUGGAAUCGUUGCACUUUGGUCUUUGCAUUGCCUGGACGAUGUGUAUCCUCCGCGCUGUCCUCGAGUCUUACUGUGGCAACAAGGGACGUUACGUUUGCUCGACUCGGAACCAGACAUCGCAGAGAAUCCAUGUUUUUUCAAGGCAGUGAUUCAGAGAGCUCAAUCUUCGGUUCCGCCAACUUCGGUGGACUUGUUCGAAGUUUACGAUGGAGGUCUGUUGAGACGCUCUCGGCUUUGGCCCCCGGUCACUUCCAUUGGCGGUGGUAGUGGUCUUGUGAGGAGAGCAUCCGAUACAACGGGGUUGACGAGUAAGAUCAAGAUUGGUACGUGGGGACGCUCUCACGAGGAUUUUCUCACGUUCGGUCACACCGGGAAUAAGAUAAAUCUUGCUCUACAUCCGGCUCGUGCAGCAAGAGUGGCAGCAUCUGUUGACAAAGCAGGAACUCUUCUACUUUGGCAAACUAGCCUUCCUCUCGAACCUUACGUCGAAGCUCCGCAUUUGCACGUAUCAUCCUGGAGACUCUGUGGCAGAUUGUCCAUACAGACCGAAAACUUUCUGCCGGCACUCUGCUGGUCUCCGGCUCUACUUUUGGGUGAUAAGAUGGUGUUAGUGGUGAGCCAUUCCGACAGCCUCUCCUGUUAUCUCGUAGUAAGGGACAGAUCGAAGGAACAACACUGGCUCGCAUUAGAUCUGCUAUACGAGUUGCGGCCUCCAGUGUCUCAAGAAAAGCUGGUACUGGAAGACGUGUUCGUGAUCCAGAACUCUGCACAGAAGGAUCAGUCGGUUCUUGUUCUUGUUGCUUGCGGGAACAAGGGAAACGUGGCGAUGUCCUGGACCUUCAACAUCGUCUUAUGCGAAAAAGAUGGUGAAGAAGAUCAACAAAACUCUCGACAGUCGGGCAUUCCUUACAAGGGACCACUAGUGGGGGCUGAAGAAGCAAUCUACACAACAUGCUUCUGGACUGGCUAUAUGUUUAUGGCCCUUGGAGAAAGACUCUUGAGCGCAACCUCCCAUUAUCCGUCACUGUAUAAUUUCGUUUCGGGCUGUGAAGACGGGUCUUUACGGCUCUGGCGAGUAACUCUGCCGGAAAAUCAGCAUCUCAACUCCUGGGAGUGUGUUGGUCGACUGACAACAAUUUCUUCUGAACGGUUCACUUUGCUAGCUGUGGGUAACCAUGGCACAAAGCUGGCUUCUUCGACGCAGUCUGAUUCAACUCUGAGAAUUUGGGAGAUAGUUUGUGGCUCAGGCAGCUACUUGCAUUACCUUACAGGAGAGAUCGUCCUAGCGCAAACUCCAGCUGCAUUGAGCUGGUUCGAAGGUGGUGAUGGAGUUUCAAUGCUGGGGAUAGUGGUUGCCGGUUUAGUCCAGGUUUACGUUGAAGCCCGUGAUGACGCAUCCGACUACUCGAGCUGGGUCUGCCUAGCAUCAAUUUCCACUUUGCAUUGCGUGGAUGGACUUUUUUGGGGGCCACAAGCGUCGCUUGUUGUGACGACUGAAAGCCGGAUACAACUUCUAAGUCAAUGGGGGACGGAAAGCGGUGGAACUGUGGAGAUGUUGUUGAAGGCAGCUAUUACAGCUUCACGACCGCGAUCUCUCUGCCAUCCGAAAUCGAUUUUGAAUUUUCUCUUGAACGGAGAGCAGCACCAAGCAAGUAUCUGUCUUCGACGCCUCUUAUCCCUUGCGGCUGAAAGGACAUGCGACUCUCUUGAGUUCCCGUUCAUUUCGAUACAUGAUAUUCAAAAGGAGAAGAAGUUGGAACACACCGCGGUAACACAAACAGCAGCAUGGGUCUUUGGGGAGUCGAUGGAGCACUCAGACAGUCUUCACGAUGUAGAUGGUCCGUUGAGCGCUUUGGAAUUGGAGCAGCUUACCUCGAUUGUAGAGCUUUUUAAAAAUGGCUCUCAGCUUCUACCAGUCAUCCACUUGCUUCAGGGGAUUCGUCAGUCAAGUCAGUUUGCAUACCUUGAUGAACCCGGCCAAAGGGUUGCUAUAUCUGUUCUCUACAACAAGCUUCAGAAUUUGGAAGUCCUUGUAGAUUCUAAAACGAUUGCAUGGGCCCUUCAGUCGGAAUGCAAGGAUUUACUCGUUGAUAUGCUCAUUCCAGAGAACAGCAUGUCAUGGUCCGCUUUAAGAGCUCUUGGAGUUGGUUUUUGGUUUACAGAUGUUGGACAGCUUCGUGCACGGAUAGAGAAACUGGCAAGGACUCUAUUUAUGCAAAGCCGUGAUCCUAAGGACUGUGCUCUUUUCUAUAUUGCAUUGGAUCGGAAAACGGUACUGUCCGGCUUAUUUAAAAUGAGUCGGGAUGAAAGCGACAAACCUUUGGUUCAGUUUUUUGCCAGGGAUUUUCAGGACGACAAAAACAAAUCUGCUGCUCUUAAAAAUGCCUACGUCUUGAUGGGAAAGCAUCGGCAUGAACUUGCAGCUACGUUUUUCUUGUUAGGGGGAGAUUUAGAAUCUGCAAUAUCAGUGUGUACCAGAAACCUUUGUGACCCGCAGCUAGCAUUGGUUAUAUGUCGCCUGAAGGGGAGUAAUGAGCAACCAGCAAAAGAUCUUAUUUCUAAAGAUCUGCUUCCAGACGCGAAAAUUUCCGAUAAAUGGCUUGCGAGCGUAUUUCAGUAUUUACUUGGUGAGCGUCUUGAAGCUCUCUGCGAAAUAGUCGGAAGUGACAAAGAUCCAAGAAAACUACCUCUUCUCGAUCCUGAUGUUGGAGACUACUGUCGUGUUGUUCUCUCGAAACCCGGAAUGACUAGUUCUUCCAUAGCAAACAAGGCGUGUCGGAUAUCUGCUCUAGCUUUGAAGAAGCUUGGACUUCCCUUAAGAGCUUUAGAGAUUCUGCAAAGAUCGUCACAUGAAACUUUCAGUGCUGGUCAAAUGGAUUGGAUUGUUCCCGCUGUGGCAGAAAAGCUUGCUGUACACUUCGUGGAAGGUCUCGCCUUGCAAUACAUGAUCGAUGCUGGGGAGAUAUGGCGCGACUUCAAGCAAAAGACAGCGGACAAUGGCGUUCGGGAUCUAGCCAUCCUCAACCGCAAGUUUUCUAUCGAUUUGGCAUCUUUGUCUAACUUGCUUGAGCUCACCGCAUGGCAUCUUGGGCGUCCAUGGUUUGGUUAUUGGUUGCUCAACACCGCAACUAUAUCUACGGAUUUGCCAUCACCUUUCAGUUCUUCGGCUAAUUAUAAAGAAACCAUUUUGGAGUUCGUGUCUUCGACAGAGAUAUUUUGUGCGACAUUGCUAGCCUUCGGCCCUGCCAUCUUUCCAUCAAGUAUUUCAUUGGAUACAUAUGGGAACUUUCAACCACUUUUGAUGAACGAGGGACAUAUUGGUCUAGCAACUGACAAGGCCUGGUCUACAACGUUGCCUCAGGUUGAAGAAUUAAGAAGUUAUGCAAGCCAGAUCAAUCAGUUCGUAUCCAGCAGCAGCUCGAUACCUGAUGAAACGGAGAGACGGCAUUUGUUUCUACUCGCCUUUAUAUUUCUGAUGGGAGCAGCUUGGCUUAAGAGACAGGCGGAGGUGCUGUUAUUUAUAAUUCAGAUGAUGCUGGACACCGAGACAACUUCUGGACUCGAUCUUAACGCCUGCUUUCGUAUGGAGCCGUCUAAGACUCCUUUCGACGGGUCUGAAACAAAGUUACUAAGCGACGAUGAUACAUGGCUCUUACUUGGUGUUGCAUUGUGGAGCCGGGUCCUUACUUUUCUAAAACGGCAGCUUUCGACGGUGGCGACUGAGGUUUCUUAUUCUGGCUUUGGCAGAGUUUCUCCUAGGCAAUCGACUAUCAAAUCCUUCUCUCGACUAUCGUUCGUAAGCGUUGCCGAGCAAUCUGUGAAACCUCGCCGACAACCUGGUGCCGAAGCUCUGUUAUCGUCCAUAGGCUGCAUAUUUUCGAAACUAAGAACUCAGUUGGCACUUCGGGUCAGGGACACAGCAAAUGGGGCUUCACUUGACUUUUUGUGGAAGGAAGGACCGGAUGCUGGAAACUAUAUCCAGAAUUCGUACGUGGAACUUUGGAAGCUUCUAUCUGUAAAUGAGGAGGUUCGCGCGGCCUUGAAAAUGGAAGGUAUUGAUGGACAACAGCCGUUGGAGAGCAAGGUUGGCUGGAUAGCAGAAACAAGUGAUAGAAGUUCGGCUUCAGCUGUUCCUGCUCCAGAAGAAAGUGGCAUCCGGUCUCAGCUUAGUAGGAGGUUUAGUAUGAAGGGAUUGAUCCGGAGCCACUUCAACACUAGAUUUCGCAAGGACGACGAAGCUUUGCAUUCGCCAGGCGAUUCACUGGAGGCUAUCUCAGUUAACAGUUGCAAUCCCGAGCAAGUGGUCGUUGCGAGCAGUAGCAAGGGACUUCUUUACCUUGAACUUAAUACGUAUGGCAAGUUUUCUGAGUCUAAAGACAACUUGUGGGCAGAAGCUGACUGGCCUCAGGAUGGCUGGGCAGGAUCAGUGUCAACACCCGUCCCAACUUUUGUCACACCCGGUGUAGGCUUGGGUAGCAAGAGCGGCUCGGGCAUUGGACUAGGUGGUGCAGCAGUUGGAAUGGCAGCACUGUCAAAGUCCGUAAAGGAGUCGAGAAAAGCUGCGGUUGGAUUUGGAGUUCCAGGAUAUGCAGGCAUUGCAGCCUGGCAUAUGGGAUGGGAGGAACUAGCAGACUACGAUGGACUCGUCGAUCCUCCGGCCACUGUUGAGAACGUGACAACGUCCGCUAUAGCUGCACAUCCUUUGCGGCCUUUCUUUCUCGUCGGCGCGAGAAACACUCACGUUUACCUCUGGAAGUUUGGCGAGUCGUCGGCCACUGCAACUUAUGGUGUCUUGCCGGCUGCAAAUGUCCCACCACCUUACGCCCUUGCUUCCGUUUCUUCCGUCCAAUUCGAUCGUUGUGGUCAUCGGUUUGCAUCCUCAGCAGUCGAUGGCACUGUGUGUGCGUGGCAGCUCGAAGUUGGAGGCCGAAGUAACGUCUGUCCUACUGAGUCUCAACUGUGCUUUGACCGCCAUGCGUGGGACGUCACUUUUGUUGGUGAGAGUGGCGCUAUUAUUGCAGCGGCCGGUUCUAGCCCCUCGGGAGAGAACCUGGUCGUCUGGAAUACUUUAGCUCCCCCAAGCUCGGCGCGAAUGUCGAUUUCCUGCCAUGAAGGUGGUGCCAACUGCCUGGAUGUAUUGCACGCGGACCUUGGUGGCUCGCCUCUGAUUAUAACUGGAGGGAAGAAAGGAGAUAUCUCCGUCCAUGACUUUCGAUACAUUACAACCGGCAAGGCCAAGCGUCGCAAGAACGGGUAUCAAAGAACAGGCGACGAUGGUCGUUUCGUGUGGCACAUACCGAAAGCUCAUACAGCGAGUGUAACCAGAGUGCGAGCAGUGCCAGGGACAACACUGUUUUUAACUGGCAGUAAAGACGGAGACGUCAAGCUUUGGGAUGUGAACAAAUGCGAGCUCGUAAAGCACUGGCAGAGAGUCCAUGAGAAACGCUUGUUUCUUCAGCACAAUACGCCAGGCUUGGGUGCUCUGGUUCAGGCAGCAGUGAUGGAUUUGAGGAUCUUACCAAAUGGAUUCAUUACAUGCGGGAGCGACGGGGCUCUUCGGCAUUUUCGAUUGGAAAGCGAGCAUCACUCUGGUUGACCCGUGAAAGAUUAGCAUAACUUAUAAGAACGCAAUGCGUGUCAGAGAAAUCCCAGAGAUAAAACUGAGGAUGAGGCUUUGUCGGGCAUCCACCUGACAGGCUGCGGACGUGGAUGCGUCUCCGCUUGCCACGUGCCGUGGUGUCGGGUGGGCGCUGACUUGCCGGUCAACUUUACCGUCUGGUGUAAGUAUGGAGAUUGGGUCCCCUUGGCUUGAAUAAAAGAUGUUAGAAAAUGGAUCUCAGUGCAAAGUGGUAUCAGCCUCAAUGCCUUUUGUGGAUGAGGGGAAUCUUUAAAAUAUUGGUAUGGUCAAUGUACGUCGCUUGCUUUUCUAGAACACUAGGAACAUUUUUGUGGCAACCAAAAAGAAAGCAAGAGAAACAACAGGGACAGAAAUAAAAUAGCAAGGCCGCUUCUUCGAAACUCCAA